AUGGGGGAUGGGCAAUGCAGUGAACUGCCCAAGCCAGCGCUCAUUCAUAGGUCUCUUGGCUUGAAGGACCCAGUGACCAGAAAAGACCACGCUCCGCACAUAAACGGGGCCCUGGCGGAAAUGGUGGCCUUCAGCUCUCGGCUGUCAGGACCAGCAUCGUUAAGGAAUCACCGCCCAGGAGGCCAGGCCCGCCAGGCCGCCGGGCGUAGGCGACGGCCCGUCAGUCCCGGCGGGGCUCCGCUGGGCACCUCGGCCAGUCGGCCCGCGGCUCCUGCGGGAGGGGCGCCCCGCCCCGCCUCUAGACUGGCUCUGCCCAGGGCAAACGGUCCGGCUCCAGGGCGCCUCCCGUGCCUCACACGCCCCCGCUCACCCCUCGGCGGCCCUGCGGGCGGGCAGCGGGGGAGCCCGAGCCCCGGGACGUACCUGCGGGGCCCCGCCGCCCUCCGGGCCCGGCUGCUCCUGAGGGGCCGCAGGCCGCCGCCGCCCGCCGCCCCGGGCACGUGGCCCGGUGCCGCCCCAACCCCGCGCCGGGUCGGCCCCGCGGCAGGUCAGUUCCGGGCCGCGCUGCGUCCGUCCUCGGCCCGACCGGGCGGGGCCCGAAGGCAGAGCCGCAGGCGGGGGAGACCCCGGAGCCCUCCUGCCGGGCUCGGCGCGAGGCGGGGCCUGGGCCGACGGGGCCUCGCGGGCAGGCGCCAUGCCGGGCCGGGGAGAGCCGCGCCCCUCCGCCCCGUUCCCGGCGGCGGGCCGGACCCUCUGGGGCUCCCACCCCGCCCGGCGGAAGACGGCAGAAAGGGAGGAAUUGGCUCCGACAGUCAGCGCCCCGGCGCCCCAUCUGCACGGCCUGCUCGAGGGAAGAAGUACAGGCAUUCCUUGCAAAUUCGGUUCCAGACCAUCGCAAUAAAACGAGUAUCACGUUAAAGGAAGUCAAAUGAAGCUUUUGGUUUCCCACUGCCGACUGAUAGGAUGGUGGUUGCUGAAGGCUUGGGGGACUUUGCCAAUUUAAGACAUCAGUGAAGUUUGCCACAUUGACUGACUCUUCCUUUCAUGAACGAUUUCUCUGUAGCAUGCGAUGCUGUUUUUUAACAUUUUACCCACAGUAGGACUUCUUUCAGAAUUGGAGUCAAUCCCCUUAAAUGCUGCCACUGCUUUAUCAACUAAGUGUAUGGAAUAUUCUACGUCCUACGUUGUCAUUUCAACAAUCUUCAUAGCGUCUUCACCACAAGCAAUUUCGACCUCCAGAAACCACUUGCUUUGCUCAUCUGUGAGAAGCAGCUCCUCAUCUGUUGAAGUUGUAUCGUGAGAUUUCAGCAAUUUGGUCACAUCUUUAGGCUCUACCUGUGAUUCUAGAUCAUGUCAUUUCCACCACAUCUGCUCUCACUACCUAAACUGUAGUCUUGAACCCCUCAAAGUCAUCCAUGGGGAUGGAAUCAGCUUCUUCCGGACUCUUGUUAAUGUUGAUAUUUUGACCUCUUCCCAUGAAUCAUGAAUGUUCUUAAUGGCAUCCAGAAUGGUGAAUCCUUUCCAGAAGGUUUUUAAUUUACUCUGCCCAUAUCUAUCUGAGGACUGAUUUCCUUGGUAGCUAUAGUCUUUUUCUAAAUGUAUUUCUUAUAUAAUAAAACUUGAAAAUUGAAA